AUGUGACAUUAGUUGGGGGAACGUCUCCGAAUGCGGUAAAUCGUGUUGUCAAAGAUCAUAAGUUUCUGUCUAUUUUGUUCCCCCUGUGACUAGAUUUGAAUAAAGAAUCAUUUGUAUGUCUUCUUUUAUCGCAGUCAAACGUCUAGUUUAACAUGAUCAAAUUAUUUUCGUUGAAACAAGCGAAAAAAGAUGGCGAAUCACCAAAGGCUGGGACCCAGAAAAAGGCAUCAGCAGCUCAGCUGAGAAUAACGAAAGAUAUAAACGAACUUAAUCUACCAAAAACAUGUGGUACAGAGUUUCCCGAUCCCGAUGAUUUACUGAGUUUUAAAUUAAUUAUUUGUCCAGAUGAGGGAUUUUAUAGAGGUGGUAGAUUUGUAUUCAGUUUUAAAGUUGGACCAAAUUAUCCUCACGAACCACCUAAAGUUAAAUGUGAAACUCAGGUUUAUCAUCCUAAUAUUGACUUGGAUGGCAAUGUAUGUCUCAAUAUCUUAAGAGAAGACUGGAAACCGGUUCUCACAAUUAAUUCUAUUGUUUAUGGACUUCAGUACCUUUUUCUAGAACCCAAUCCAGAAGAUCCCCUUAAUAAAGAUGCUGCAGAAGUAUUACAAAAUAAUAGAAGAGUAUUCGAACAAAAUGUAGCAAAAGCUAUGAGAGGAGGAUAUGUAGGAUCAUUUUGUUUUGAACGAUGUCUCAAGUGAUACAGUAUCCUGUCAUUGUUGCUGUAUACAUUUCUUUAGGGACUCACUUUGGGAAAAAUAUCCUGACAUACAGGGCGAAAAUAGGACAACGAGUCCUAUCACUUGCGUGAUCACUUUAUACACAUUUAUUUUCUUUAUGUUUUGCCAGGCCUAUAUACGUCAGUUUCAUCAAAUACUUUAUAUUUUUCAUUAAUAAACCUCUUAAAAUGUUUAAUA